AUGAGUGCUCCUACUUUUAACGAUGCUAAUGAUGAAGAACAGUAUCAAGACUUACGCUGUUAUCUGAAGAGUUUGGGUGCUGAUAUUUCAGAAGAAAAUUCAGAGGAGGGAUUUUUGGUAGAUUUAGAACAAGUUAUUAGUGCCUGUGAUAUAUGUUUGCAUGAAGCUAGUGAGGGAGAUGCUGAAUGUACACUAAAUAGCAUUGUUUCAUUGCUGAUCAUGGUUCCUCCUCUCCAGAGUGAGCACCUUAUAUAUACCUUUUGUGGAAAGUUAACCAAAGCACCUAAUGCAAAAAUGGGAAAUGUUUGCUUAAAAGUGUUGCAAAAUUUGUUUGCAGGCAUUGGAGAACAUUCACCAUUAUGCUAUGAUGUGUACUGCAGUCUUGUACGUGUUGCUGGACAAACCGAUAAUAUACAUAUGGUUUUUAAAGAUGUGAACAAACUGAAAUCAUGGCUGUCUGAAUUGGAAGUCUGUACUGAUAAGGUGCAAAAAUUGUUGCGACUUUUGCAUGAAGUUUUGGUGGAGUGUAAACAGGGUGAGCUAGCUGCUAAGGUUAUGAUUGAGUUGUUGGGCACUUACACUGAAGAUAAUGCAUCUCAAGCAAGGGAUGAUGCACACAAAUGUAUUGUGACCUCACUAGGGGACCCAAAUACUUUUCUUAUGGAUCAUUUGCUUGUUUUGAAACCCGUAAGAUUUCUGGAAGGGGAACUCAUUCAUGAUCUACUUACCAUUUUUGUCUCUGAAAAAUUAUCUUCGUAUCUCGCAUUUUAUGCAGCCAACAAAGAUUUUGUUAAUUCUUUGGGUUUAUCUCAUGAACAAAAUCUUCAAAAAAUGAGACUUUUAACAUUCAUGCAAAUGGCUGAAACUCGUAAGGAAAUUCCUUUCAGUGUAAUUGAAUCAGAAUUACAAUUGAAACCUGAAGAAGUAGAAGGUUUUGUAAUAGAUGUUCUUAGAACAAAAUUAGCCCGUGCAAAGAUAGACGAACUUCAGCAGCGUGUUCUUGUGAGUUCUACUAUGCACAGAACUUUUGGUAAGCCUCAAUGGCAACAACUACGUGACAUUUUGACUAAAUGGCAAAGAAAUCUCAGUCAAGUUCAGGUACAAUUAAACACUGUUAUACGAUCAUCUUAUGAAACUGUUGCUAAUGUACAAGCAUAAAAUAUUAAUAAAGUUAAAAAUUUUCUAAUUCAUUGUAAAAUA